AUGUCUCAUACCAAGAACACUGCUGGUAAAUCCACCAGUAGAGAAGCUCUCAGGAAGCAGCUCGCUACAAAAGCCAUUUGCAAGAGUGUGCCCUCUACUGGAGGGGUCAAGAAACCUCAUCGCUACAAGCCCUGUACUGUGGUUCUCAGGGAAAUCAGACAUUAUCAGAAGUCCACUAAACUUCUGAUUCAUAAACUUCCCUUCCAGUGUCUGGUGCAUGAAGUAGCUCAGGACUUCAAAAUAGAUCUGCACUUCCAGAAUGAAGCAAUUGGUGCUCUGCAGGAGUCAAGUGAAGUCUAUCUGGUUGGUCUGUUUGAGGACACCAACCUAUGUGGUAUCCAUGCCAAAUGUGUCACAAUCAUGCCAAAAGAUAUCCAGCUAGCGCUCUGCAUAGGCAGAGAACGUACUUAA